CGUGAUAUGCUAUAACAAACACCUUUUGUUUUCUUCUCAUACUCCUUCCAUCACUAUUCCUAUAUAUCACCUUCACUCCUUUCUUUUACAAUCACUCCACUUCACUCUAGUUUCCCUUUUCUCUCUUAACAUGGAGUCCUCCUCAAAGUUCUAUGCUUAUCUCAUCAUUUGCAUGCUUUUCAUCUCCUCAGCUACACCUAUUCUUGGUUGUGGCUAUUGUGGAAAACCACAUAAAAAACACAAACCAGGUAAAAAACCAAUCGUCACUCCACCAACCGUUAAACCACCAACGGUAAAACCACCUGUCACAAUACCACCUAUCACAGUCCCUCCCGUUGUACCUCUUCCACCUCUUCCAGUACCUCCCGUCACCGUUCCUCCGGUUGUACCUCUUCCACAUGUUCCAAUCCCUCCAGUUGUACCUCUUCCACAUGUUCCAAUCCCUCCGGUCACAGUGCCUCCAGUUGUACCUCUUCCACAUGUUCCAAUCCCUCCGGUCACAGUCCCUCCAGUUGUACCUCUUCCACAUGUUCCAAUCCCUCCAGUCACAGUCCCUCCGGUUGUACCUCUUCCACAUGUUCCAAUCCCUCCCGUCACCGUUCCUCCGGUGCUUAAUCCACCAAGCACAGGAGGAACUCCACCAAAGAAAGGAGGGGGUGCAUGUCCACCACCAUCAACCACACCUACACCUAAACCAUCACAUGAAACUUGUCCAAUUGACACAUUGAAACUAGGUGCUUGUGUUGAUUUACUCGGCGGUUUGGUUCACAUUGGACUUGGUGACCCUGCUGUCAACAAGUGUUGUCCUCUUAUUCAAGGACUUGCUGAAAUUCAAGCUGCUGCAUGUCUUUGCACAACUCUUAAGAUUAAGCUUCUUAACCUUAAUAUCUAUGUUCCACUUGCUCUUCAGCUUCUUUUGGCUUGUGGAAAAACUCCACCUCCUGGUACACUUGUUCCCUCUAAACCAGUGAAUUGUUGAAAUCGACAUGAGAGGAUGUCGAGCCACUCUCUAUCUCUUCCUUCUGGACUGUUGUAAUUGUUUGUUUGAGUAUUAGUAAUUAUUUGUAAAACCAAUUGUUUUUAAUUCAGAUUGUUGCAUGUAUGUUUAGUUUAAUCCUAGGCAAACCAAACAUGCAUGCUUUUAUAUGUAACCUUUUCAACUGUUAUUCAUUUGAUUUCGUUUUGGUCAA